ACGUAGCGGGUACGUGACGCGUCACUGAGCCCACGUGUGAUGGUAACGUCCGCGUCUCGCGUGAUGAGACUUGAGGCAGCGGGAUUUGCUGUGAGGCAGGAGCCAAGGAGCUUGCACUUAGCAGCUUUGUGGGAGGUGCAUGGAAUGCCAGAGCCUGGCAGGAUGGCACUUUCUGAUCACUGCAGACACUUAUUAGAUAAAUUAAACAAGCAAAGACAGUCAGGUUUCCUGUGUGACUGCACAAUCCUUAUUGGCGAGUUCCAGUUCAAAGUUCACAGGAAUGUGCUGGCUUCCUUCAGUGAAUAUUUCAGGGCUUAUUUCAAGGACUCAUUGGACAGCAUUGUGCUCUUGGAUCAGAUAAAAGUGACCCCAUCUGGAUUUCAAACGCUUCUGGAUUUCAUUUACAGUGGGGAUUUAAAUUAUGAUAGUUGUAAUUUAGAGGAGAUAAAUCUGGCAGCACAACAUCUCAGAUUAGAAGAUGUAGUUGCAACAUGCAGAGCCAAAAUCGAAUCUCUUGUUGGAUUGACCAAACCCAGUGUUACAAAUUUGGCUCUUACAGACAGUAUUCUCAAUGAAAAGGAAUAUUCCACUUCUUCAUAUCCUAGAGAGGCUAUGAAAAUUGAUGCAAUAAAAAUUGCUUGCUCACAGAGCAAAGUCAAGAAAGGUAUUGCAGGAAAAAAUUCACAGAAAAUCAAACGGUGGAAAAGACCAUUACGUUCUCAUCAAAAUGUUAACAAAAAAUCAUCUAAGUACCAGCUUUCUUCUCCAAAGAUCCCGUCUGUUCUCAGUUUGGAUGCAAAGGAACUUGAACUGAUGGCUGUGGACCAUGUUGCCAAAGAUAAUACUGGCUUGCUGUCCUUUACAUCAGAAGGAGACUGUGAGAUCUUCCUGUCCCAAAACAUUUCCUUAGAUACUCUAGCCGUGACACAAAAGCCUGCUAAAUCACAACAGGACUGUGCUAUGAAAGAACACUGUAUAUCAAAUAUUGCUGAUAUAACCAACAUGUGUACCAUGGAGAGCUGUGAAAAAGAACUAGAUCAGAAAUAUUCCAAAAAUAAACCUGUGUGCAACACUUGCGGCAAAGUGUUCUCUGAAGCCAGCAGCCUUAGGCGGCACAUGCGAAUUCACAAAGGUGUUAAACCAUACGUGUGUCACCUGUGUGCAAAAGCCUUUACCCAAUGUAACCAGUUAAAAACACAUGUUAGGACCCAUACAGGAGAGAAGCCAUAUCAGUGCAAAAAAUGUGACAAAGGCUUUGCUCAGAAGUGCCAGUUGGUGUUCCAUAGCCGAAUGCAUCACGGAGAAGAAAAACCGUAUAAAUGUGAUGUGUGUAAUCUACAGUUUGCAACAUCCAGCAAUCUCAAAAUUCAUGCAAGAAAACACAGUGGAGAAAAGCCAUAUGUGUGUGACAGAUGUGGCCAACGAUUUGCCCAGGCCAGCACUCUAACCUACCAUGUUCGCCGCCAUACUGGAGAGAAGCCUUAUGUCUGUGAUACCUGUGGAAAAGCAUUUGCUGUUUCAAGUUCUCUAAUAACCCAUGCAAGGAAACAUACAGGGGAGAAGCCAUAUAUAUGUGGAGUCUGCAGGAAGAGUUUUAUUUCUUCGGGGGAGCUUAAUAAGCACUUCAGGUCUCAUACAGGAAAUGAAGAUACUGCAGAACCCAAAUCAGCGGAUAGCUCAAGUAGUAGUGAGGAUUCCACAAGGAAAAGCCCAGAGCCAGAAAGCCUGGAGCUGAAGCCUCCUGACUUGUUUUUGCCGCUUACUCUUCAUAUUAGCCCAGAUGAUCCUCAAAUGUUGCUGCCUGUGUCAGACAAUCAGGGUCUUUCUUCAGACACACUAUUAAGGGCAUCAGUGCCCAGCUACUCAGAGCCCCAGUUUAUUUUUUUGCAACAGAUGUACUAGCAAGAUAUACAGUUGCAAUUAUACAUGAUCGGCAUCUGAACCAAUGGAGCGUUUGAUUAUGGUCUGGGUUUGUAGGAACAAGUUUACAUGUUUGUGCGACAUUUAAGGAAACAUGCAAGUUUUAACUUAUUAUACUUCACAUACCUGGUGUUGGAUAUUUAUAAUGUAGUAAAGGAUUUUAGCAGAAUUUUUCCUAAGAAUCCACUUUUAGGGGCAGAUUUAUUUAAAUGUGAGUUUAGAGCUCACCUGCUUUCUAUUCACUCCUAUGGGCUUUUUUAAGAAGCAUAUUCAAAUGGUGAAUUGUAACUUUCACCCACUGAUAAACUUCUAAAAAUCCCAUAGGAAUGAAUAACGUGAGUUUUUCCGUGGUGAGCUCUUAUCUCACAUUUUGAUAAAUCUCCCCCAUAGUGUUGUGUAUACUAAAGCAAUCCUGUGUAUUGUCUUUCAUUUUAUAUUUAUUUGCCUUUCUUUAGUCUGCUCUUCUAAAAUGCUAUCUUAUAGCUAGGGUCAUUAACACCAAUGACCAAAAGCAAAAUAACUUUUUCUCUUUCUCAGUUACUUACAUCUUUCUUUAGGGUAUCACCAGUAAUGAGUGAAUGUGUCCUGUUUUGCUUUUUCAAAAAAUUUGUGAAAAUGCAGAAAAUUCGCAAAACAGUGAAAAUUUGGGAAACAAAUUAAAGUCAGUGGCCGUAUUUUUGUGGCAAUUUUUUUCACGCAAAAUGCAUCAAAGUGUAUGGGGUUUUUUUGCAGUGUUUCUUUUUCACGCAAAAUAUAUUGACGUCAACGAGUGUUUUUUCACUACAUUUUUUUUUUUCAAGAAAAAGGCAUUGACGUCAAUGGGAAUUGUUUCUCACUCCAAAUACAUUUUAGAGAAUGGGCAUUUUUUUUGUCAUUUGUUAGAAGGAAAAUUGCUCAUCACUGUCCCCUAUUUUAUCUUUUAGUCUGCCACUUAAAACAUUGACUGGUUUCUAGGAUCACUGGUACAAGCAACCUCUUUACGUCUUGUAUUGGUUAUCAGUUGUUUAUUUUUUUAAAUGUGAUGUAUGUUCAUUGUAUACACCCAUUUAUUGUACAGUUCUGCAGAAUAUGUUAGCACUUUAUAAAUAAAUGAAAUAAUAAUAUCAAUAAGAUAGCAGUAUAAGUUCCAGACUGGAGAAACAAGAACAAAAAGAUUACUACAUAAUAUAUCACACCAAAAGCUGAUUUAAAGGUGAAACUCCAAUUUAUUGGAUUGCAGUGAUUUUAAAAUGAAGCAGCAUUAUACAUACAUGUUGCACUGGCUUGCGUCACUGAAACAAUGGGCACUCCUGGAAACACACUUAUUUGCUUCUUCUGAAGAAUGCUAUUACUUUCAUACUAGCAUUUAUGUCAUAAUAGAGUAAUUAUAAGUGAAUAGCUUAUAGCUUUUGGAAUGAAUUUCAUUACAGGUUGUGUUCUAUAUAGUCCUACUAAUGGCUGUCUGAUUUUGGCCUAGUUAUUAAAAGGGCACCAUUACACCAUUUAGUGGUGUAACAAAAAUGGCAAAAUAGCAUUGGCUACAGUGGCUUGCCUGCAGAUUUAUAUACAGCAUGCUGCAAAUAAUAUAAAAGUUGCUCUCAUAUUCAAAUAUAUACAUAAAUAAAAGUUGAAUAUAUGAACAUUUUUUUAUACAGAAUAUCAUGUUGCCCAUGGUUAUGUGCCCCAGUAGUUUAGCCUAAAGCCAAACACAAAAGGCAUUUGCAUCUCAUUGAAAUACAUCUGCCCCCUACCUCCCCCUAAAAGUCAAUGCAAUCUCUGUUUUUACCACUGUAUGCGUUUUGUAAAUGGAACCAUAAUGUAACUGCUAACACUGGGAAAUCACUUCGUUACUUAGGCUCCGGCCUAGUAUAUCGGAUGAAUUUCUCUAAACGUGACAUUGUGCCCUAUAACACGACAAAGCAACUGGUUAAGCACACCCUUUUUAAUAACUAGAGGUGAAAAGACAGAAUGUGAGGUUUGUUUUCUGGCAAAUAUUUAGGUACAUUUUUACGGUAGUGACAAAUUGUUUGGUUGUGACGGCAUUGUAUUCUAUGUGCCUUAUUUAUUUGGGAAUAGUACGUAUGUUUUAGUACUUUGCUGCAAUAAAACACUGAGCAAAAACAUAUUUCUUAUAGUUCCCUAAUAAGAUCCCCUCCACACAAUUUCCCUUUUUUUAUUUAUUUCUUCACAGCAUCACCUUUUACAGAGGUGCAAGAAGGGUAUACCACUGCACUGUCUGUUUCUGUAGCCUGAGUUUCAGGAAAGCUAAACUGGGACUUGACACAUGUGACCAUUCUCCCUGCCAUGUUAUGCCCCUAAUGCCCAGGUAGUAUAAUUUUAUUAACCAUAAUUCGAAAUAUAAGUAGAUGCUAGUAUGUCUCCAUCCUCCAGCAGCAGCCAGAAUGCCCCUUUUUGCCUGUUAACAAUGGCAACAAUAGGAUAUCGAAAAUACAGUACAGGUAUGGGAUCUGUUAUCUGGAAACCCAUUAUACGGAAAGCUCUGAAUUAUGGAAAGCCCAUCUCCCAUAGACUCCAAUAUAAACAAAUAAUUACAAUGUUAAAAAAAUUAACUUUUUCUCUGUAAUAAUAAAACAUUACCUUGUACUUAAUCUCAGCUAAGAUAUAUUUAAUCCUUACUGAGGCAAAACAAUCUCGUUGGGUUUAUUUAAUGAUUACAUUAUUUUUUAGUAGACUUAAGGUAUGGAGAUCCAAAUUACAGAAAGAUCCCUUAUCUGGAAAGCCACAGGUCCCGAUCAUUCUGGAUAAAAGAUCCCAUACCUGUACAGAGAUGAGGGAAAUGAGGAGGAGUAAAUAUUUUGGGUGUGAAGGGAAUCCUAUGAGGGACAGAAGAAACAGAAUAUUUUUAUUAUACAUUAUUUUGCAUACAGCCCAACUGUGACAGUGGAGUUAAGAUGGCUUUUUGCAGGCGACAGGUUAGUACACAAUGCAGAGUUGAUGGCUUUGGUGUUGCUGGAAGGGGGUUGGUCUAUUUGUGCAGUGUAGUUAAAUAGUUUUGGCUGCUGUGGCCACAAGCUCAGUCAGUAAAUACUGAUAGGUGGUGGGACAGAUGUAUCUAAGGAAAGCUAUGCAUUACUUUAACAUUAACUGAACUUUUUGAGACACUUUCCUUUAACUUUUAUUGUUCCACAUGUUUUUAAUAGCUAUUUAUGUAGAAAUGCUUGUUUAUUGUGCAUUUUUAUUGUUUUAAAUAAAAGUGCUUUUACUGUA